UCAGCGAAGGUGUCUACAAAGAAAGGUGAAAUGACUUUCACUGUUAACUCAGCAAACGGGGAGAUAUUUAAGUUUAAAGCAUUUGAUGUUCGAGAGAAGCAAUUGUGGAUUGACAGAAUUCGAGCAGUCGUUGAAUAUCAGGCACAAAAAUUAGGGCAG